CCUUCCAUCAUGUAGAAAAGCAUAGCCUUUUGUAGAGUCGCACGCAGCCCCACCCACACGCCAAACACUCGAAAAUGGAGGGAGAGCUAAAGCAGAAGCUGCUGAGCACAGAGAAAACAUCAUCACAGGAAGAAGCAGAGGAAUUGACGUUGGUGAAGAAGGUGUGGAACGAGAGCAAGUUGAUGUGGGUAGUGGCAGCACCAGCCAUAUUCACAAGAUUCUCGACCUUUGGCAUCAAUGUUAUUAGUCAAGCAUUUGUGGGUCAUAUUGGAUCAAGGGAACUCGCUGCUUUUGCUCUUGUUUUCACUGUUCUCAUAAGGUUCGCCAAUGGUAUUCUGUUAGGAAUGGCCAGUGCGUUGUCAACACUUUGUGGACAAGCUUAUGGUGCAAAAGAAUAUGGCAUGAUGGGAGUGUAUCUUCAAAGAUCAUGGAUAGUUUUAUUCGUAACUGCACUCUUCCUUCUUCCGGUGUUCCUCUUCACAAGCCCAAUUUUGAUGAUCUUAGGCCAAGAAGAAAGCAUAGCACAAGUGGCAGGAUACAUAUCUCUUUGGUCAAUUCCAGUCAUGUUUGCAUUUAUUGUCUCAUUCACUUGCCAGACAUUCCUUCAAUCUCAAAGCAAGAACAUCAUUAUUGCAUUCUUGGCAGCUUUCUCAAUAAUUAUUCAUGUAUUCCUCUCCUGGCUUUUGACAAUAAAAUUCAAGCUUGGGCUUGCCGGUGCAAUGAUUUCAACAAGUUUGGCAUACUGGAUUCCCAACAUUGGUCAACUUAUAUUUGUUACAUGUGGUUGGUGCCCUGAAACUUGGAAAGGUUUCUCAUUUUUAGCAUUCAAAGACCUCUGGCCUGUUGUCAAGCUUUCCCUUUCAGCUGGUGCCAUGUUGUGUCUUGAGCUCUGGUACAACACAAUAUUGGUUCUUUUGACAGGUAACAUGGAAAAUGCGGAAGUUGAAAUUGAUGCUCUAUCUAUAUGUCUCAACAUCAAUGGAUGGGAAAUGAUGAUAUCACUCGGCUUCAUGGCUGCAGCAAGCGUUCGAGUAGCAAAUGAGCUUGGAAAAGGAAGUGCCAAAGCUGCAAAGUUCUCUAUUAUUGUGACAGUGCUUACAUCAUUGGCCAUUGGAUUCCUUCUGUUUCUAUUUUUCUUAUUUUUUAGAGAAAGACUGGCUUAUGUGUUUACCUCAAAUAAAGACGUGGCCGCAGCUGUUGGGGAUUUGUCACCUUUGUUAUCAUUCUCCAUACUACUAAACAGUGUUCAACCUGUACUCUCAGGAGUAGCUAUUGGAGCAGGCUGGCAAAGCAUUGUAGCAUAUGUCAACAUAGGGUGUUAUUACAUAAUUGGUAUUCCUGUUGGAAUUGUACUUGGUAAAGUUAUUCAGUGGCAAGUCAAGGGAAUCUGGAUUGGAAUGUUGUUUGGUACGUUGAUUCAAACUAUAGUUCUAACUAUAAUCACCUACAAAACUGAUUGGGACAAGCAGGUUACCAUAGCUCGUAAUCGGAUUAACAGGUGGUCCAAAGUGGACAGUACUGAUCAAGAAACAGAACCAAAUAGAUCAGAUAAUUAGUUCCAGUGUCAUCAUUUGUAUCCUGUGCUGUUAUACAGCAAAGAUGUUGAUAGAUAGCAAUUGUAUGUUAUUUACUACGUAAAUCUUUAAUUAAAACUAGUUGACUACUUAUAAUUUCACUUGAGUUUUCAAAUAC